AUGAAUAGCACUCCUCCAACGUCUCCCGUCACUGAGACUUCGGAUGGGGUCUUCCCAUCUAUUGACAACAACAGUAAAGAUUUCGCUUAUCGCCAGCCGCAAAAACAUAAAAGUACUUCUGCAUACUCACAUCUGGUGUCGCCCGUAGAGGAGCCAAUAAAUAAAUUCAGUGAGAUAUUUCAGACUAAUUAUGCCAUCAAAAAGUCUACAAGCACCUCAGAAACACAUCUAAAGAACGAUUUGAAUGUAUUGUUUUCAACCCCUCGAUUUUAUUCUCCGGAGAAUCUGGCCUCAAUGUUUCAUCUUUCUAAUACAGCUCCUCCCUUGGAGUUUCUAAAUGAGUUUUUAAUGGGUAUAUUACUUGCGCCAGAGAUGGAUUUUUUGUCCAACCCAGGUUAUGCACUUCCGUCCAACAAACUUGUCGGACAAGGAAGUUACUCAUACGUAUACCCUAUAUCAUCAAGUGCUUCUUCAGAGUCUAACAAGAGUUUGGGCUUUGUUUUAAAGUUUGCAAAAACACAGCACAAGAGCAAGGUGAUUUUACAAGAGGCUCUAACGCUGGCAUAUCUUCAAUAUGUGUGUCCAUCAACUAAUGACAGUCAUAUUAUUCCAUUCUAUGGUUUGACAUACAUAAAUAAAUCACAUUUUAGAAGAUUAAGAUCUAAUGAAUGUGUUCCCGGCCUUAUUCUUCCGAAAUGCGAAAUGAGUUUGUAUAACUUCAACGCGAUGGUAUCACAUAAACUAUCGUUGAUAGGGAAAAGAAAAAUAUGGUGGAAACUGUUGAAACAAAUGUUUGGUGCACUAAGAACCUUAAAAACAAAUUAUAUAAUACAUGGCGACAUAAAAACAGCGAAUAUACUAUUAACAGAAACACCAACACUUGGUGAAGAUCAUUGUGACGAUUUUGACUUCUACCUAGCCGACUUUACUUCAGCAUUUCACGUCAAUCAAUCACCUACUGACUUGAACACUACAGUAGAGUAUUGUGCACCGGAACUAAUCGAUAAUUCUUCAGACCAUAUUCCUACAUUUGAGACGGACUUGUACGCUGUGGGACUUUGCCUUUUAUCUUUUAUAUCACAGCAUGAGCCCUAUAAUGAACUCCAGGCAUUAGUAUCCCACGGAUCCUCCCCAGGUAUCGGAAGUUCGUCUAUUCAACAGUCACAAUGGUUAAUAAAUGUCCUUUUGAAAAAAGAUCCUAUAAACCUAAACAUGUUGAGAAGUGAUUUAUUCCAAGAUUGGAAAUUGGAAUUGACAAUACUGUCUAAAGUUCUUGUAGAGAGGCUUUCUUUAGAAGAACUUCUAUCUAUACUCGAAAAUAACUACAUAUGA